AUGGUAGGAAAACAACGAGACAACCAGCAAAGCUUACUUGAUCUUAGUACUAUUGCACUUGGCAUAUGGUGUGAUAAAAUUGUUGGCUAUCGAUUUCCACAAGCUAUUGGACUUAUAUAUUUCGGUGCUGCUGGCAUUCCAAUUAAUCAAAAAUGUCCAAUCUCGAAAGAUCUGAGCCAGCUUGAGAAGGCAUCAAGCAAUCUACCAACAUGUGGCAAUACGACUCCUAUGUAUGAUGCUAUCGAAAUGGCUAUUCAAUCAAUUACUAGCUUUCGCAAGGAUAACGAAAAGCAAUUGAGUACUGAAUGUCGUUCUCUCAUUGUUUGUUUUUCAGAUGGUGAAGACAAUAGCAGCGUAAAAGCAUCAGUUGGAACAAUUAAAUCGAAAUUAAAAAAUGAAAAGAUUGUUUUCGAUACCAUUGCAUUUAUGAAACAUGAAUCAUCAAACCUAGUUCAACUCUGUGAGGCUACAAAAGGAUUCUACUAUAUAAAUGUGCCUUAUGAUAAAAUGGAGAUGGCAAAGUUAUUUGAACGCGAAGCAUCACUUAUGGUUUGCUUACGUGAUGAGAAGUCACAUGUAAAAGUUGAAAAAGCGGAAAUUCGUUCAACAGAAAACCUUUAUCAAUCUGCCAUUAACGUUAGAAACGCAAAAAUAAAUAUAGGUCAAGUGUCGGCCAUGUCAAAUCGUCGGAUACUAAAGGAACUUGAUGAUUUGAAAAAGUCAUCUUUAGAUAAUUUUACUGUGUUUUUAACGCAAGAAAAUUCACUCUUCUGGAAAGUUAUUAUGAAGGGACCUGAUGGUACGCCAUAUGCUGGCUAUCAUUGGUUGCUGUCAGUGGAGUUUCGAUCUGACUUUCCUUUUCAGCCACCUAAUAUACGCUUCAUAACACCUAUUUAUCAUUGCAAUAUAAAUGAGGAUGGUCGCAUCUGUCAUGAUAUUUUACAAAGCAAAUGGACUCAUCAAACAACAAUGCGGAUUGUAUUUCAAGAGAUACUCAAUUUAAUACGUUAUCCCAAUCCAAAUUAUGCUCUUUCUGCAGUGAUGGGUGCUCAGUACAUUUCAAAUCGUUUGGAUUACGAAAAAUCGAUUAAAGAUCUGAAUGAGAAAGAAGCAAAGAAAACAAUUUCCGAAAUCAUGAAUGAAUAUAAAUUGACUGAAGAGUAA